AUGGCCUUGGGAGGUGACAUCACUAUACCUUGUGGUGGAGCAGUAAAGAACAUGGCUGAGGGCACUUGGGAAAAUAUGGAAAAAUGCCUUAAAUGUCAAGAUAACGAAUGGCCAAAUCAAGAAAGAACCAUGUGCUGUGAGAAGCAGGUUGAGUUUCUUUCCUAUGCUGGUGAUUCCUUAACCCUAGUCUUUAUUAUCUCAUCUGUAAUAUUAUUUAUAAUAGCAGCAGUUAUACUGGGAACAUUCAUUUCAUUUCAAGACACUCCAGUUGUGAAGGCCAAUAAUCACACUCUGAGCUUUAUUCUCCUUGUCUCCAUCAAGUUGAGUUUCCUCUCUGUGUUUCUGUUCCUUGGCCGUCCUGUUGUUAUAACCUGCAUGCUCCGACAAAUCUCCUUUGGAAUCACAUUUUGUAUAGCUGUGUCUUGUGUUCUGGCCAAGACCCUUACAGUUUACAUUGCAUUCAAAGCCACUAAGCCUGGGAGUCCCUGGAGAAGAUGGAUGGAUAUAAAAGUGGCAAACUGGCUUGUUUUUAUUUGCUCAUCAAUUCAGUGUCUGAUUAGUGUUAUCUGGUUGGUCAUUUCACCCCCUUAUGUGGAGAACAUUCUGUCUGAACCUGGAAAAAUCAUCAUUCAGUGCAAUGAAGGUUCAGUAGUUGCCUUCUAUAUUGUCCUCUCCUACAUGGGAUUGUUGGCAUCUGUGAGUUUCAUUGUAGCUUUCUUGGCUCGGACAUUACCGGACAGUUUUAAUGAGGCCAAGUACAUCACUUUCAGCAUGUUG